GUGAACGAACCUCCCUCUAAAUCAAAUCCAUUUUCUUGAUAACCAGUCGGACGCGUCCAAAAUGAAGUUUUCAGAUAGUCAUCUGGGAUCAUGGCUAAUUCAAACAGGGAACAAAUCUCAUUCAUCAUUAAUUUUGUCAGAAGACUUGCAAACGGAAACGACGACACGAAGCGAGGGCAAGAUGGGUUGGUGCAUAUACACAGAUGAAUCGAUUGAUCCGAAUACCUCACUCGUCAGCUGCUCAAUUGACAUUGCCAUCACGCCUCGCAAGUCACGAGAUCGAAUUUCCAAACUUUUGGCGGGUUUGAAAACUAGUGAAGACCCUACGGAUGUGCUACAGCGAUCAGACAUCGAGAAGAGCAUUUGUAGCCUGUCGUCGGAAAAUCUGACCUCUUCCUGGUCAGAUCAUCAAGUGAUGUGUCUUUACUUGUUGCUCACCCGCCUUACAAACGAAGCAAAGUCCUGUUCAGAGUGUCUCGGAGACAAUCAUCUACGAUCAGGCAAAAUCCUUAUUCCAGAUCUCAUGGGCGAUCUAUUCAAUGUCCAUCAACAAUACGUCGCGUUAUUACCUUCUGAUCAAGCGCUGAUGACGCCGUUGUAUUGGAGUCCCACCGAAUUAGAGAAGCUGCGAUACACCAAUCUAUAUCAGGCCACGCUUGAUCGUCGGCGCGACUGGGGCGUAGAAUUUGAUGAUAUAAUGAGUCAGAUCAAGACAUUUGUACCGGAGCUACACAUCUAUCUAUUGGGUCGUCUGGCAGGCUCGGAUUAUCUAUGGGCGUCCACCAUCAUCUCAUCGAGAGCGUUCCCGUCAACGCUCUUGGAACCUUGUAUCCGAAGAAGAGACCUAUCUACCUCUCAAGUCUACACUGAGCAGUCAUUCAAUGUACAUCAGUCGAUGAGUCUGGACUCAAUAUCACAAUCUGUGCCGGUUUUACUCCCGGGUGUCGACAUGUUGAACCACCAAAGAGGAGUCAAAGUUGAAUGGCGUUCUAGGCAUCAAGGUGACCCAAAGAGUUGCGUUGAAAUUGUAAAUUUAGAUGUGAUUGGCCAAGGCUCUCAAGUUUUCAAUAACUAUGGGGCUAAAUCCACCGCUGAAUGGAUUCUGGGAUACGGGUUUGCAUUGGAGCAGAAGGACUGGGACCUUUCCAAGAGGCCCCAAGACAGUCCAUCAAACCCUGAUGACUUUUAUUCUCUGAAAGUUGCUAUACCACAGUCGCCAGAUCGCGAGCGGCAGUUAGUAAUGCGAGUACUUCGUAGUUUGGAUGACUCUCACCUGUUUCAUAAUUUAACCAUCAAAGAACCUGUUCCCAAUGCACUUCUAGCCCAGCUUAGGUUGCUUGUGUCCAGCACUCCAGAAGAGCUCGAUAUCAUCGAAGCAGCUUUCUCAUCUGUGGAAAGCAGCAAUCCAUCAACUGAAGCUGGUACUUUGCUACAUUGUAUGUCAACACGUAUAAGCUGGGAGAACGAACUGAACGCGUUAGACUUGUUCAAGUCUAUGCUAGAGAUUCAAUACGAGCGGUUAAAUGCUAUGGAUUGGAAAACAGAUGAUCAGCAUAAUUGGAAAGGCGUACGAGAACCAAUCAAAAAGAUGAUCAAGAUAUACAGGACAGGUCAAAGUGACAUUCUGUUCGACGCGAUCAGUGCGCUUGAUUGUAGGAUUUCGGAAACCAUGAAGGAUGCGGAAGCUGAUGGAUUUGCUUUCAUGGAUGAUACUGACAACUCCUCGGAAACAUCAGAGUAAUAAGAUGUUAUACACAGCGCACGAUAUCAAUAUAUUGUAGUCACUUUUUCUCGAGAUGUCAGCAUCGUCAGGUCAUCGUCUCAUCACAAUAUCAAUU